AAAACGUUGCAAAGCUCGGUAAGAGGAGAAAACUUAAGUUCGUCUCAUGAAACAUUUUGAGCAAUAAUGACUAUGACACUAGCAAUAACUUCAUAAAUAAGUAACUUAGUUUACCUUAAUUACUUUUUGAAUUCGCUACUAAAAUAAUGGCUUGUUCAAACUAUUUCAAGGAGAAAUGUAUACUAGAUGAAGAAAGAAAAGCUCUCACAAGUAUGCUUAAUCUAUUUCAAGAUCAGCUGAAUAGACUGAAGGUGAGAUUUCAGAGUGCGACCAAGUCCAACCAAUUGAUAAUACUCAAUACUAAUGACUAAUACUAUAUCAUUAUUUUAAAAAUAUAUUUUAUUUCAUCAUGGUUAAAGCAAAGAGAAUGCGCCGCAGGGCUAAGUUUUAUUUUUAUUUGAAAAAUUUUGAACACCCUGCCAUGGUACACAAUCGUUAAAGACGUACUUGGUACUAAUAGAUCUCCAAUUCCUUUCUUUAACCUUUUUCUUUUGUGUUUUUCCCCCUAUAUACUACUAUAUAGCCUAUAACUAAAUGCCAGAUUAUUUCACUUAUAAUUAUAAGUUGGGUAAUUUUCAAGGCAGUGUCUACAGUCUACACGUCCGGCGGGCCGGACGUAUAUCUCCCGCAGUAUUUGUCCGGUGACCAAGUCACAUGACCGUCGGAAGAAUACUUUAUCGAGAUAUUCGUCCGCGACCAUGUCACAUGACCCCGUAACAAAGUGGCGAGAGAUAUUUUGUCCAUCAGCCUUGUCACUUUACCACGAAUGAUUCAAAACUGUUGUUAAUUUUAAAAUCUAAUUCACUACCAAGUAAUGUACUAAGUAUCUUGCAUGCAAAUAAUAGAAAAAAAACUUAACUGAAAGUGGCUUGUAAACAUUUUUGUUUAGUUUGUUAUUUGAGUUUGUGUACCAGCAAUCCAUAAAAUAAAUUAGGGGCCAGUAUUCAGUAUGGAAUAUUUCAUUUUUAAUUGUUUAAAUUGCUACAAAAUAUUUUAAAACUUCUCAUAAAACUACUGUUGCUGAUGAACAUGAUAAUAUAGGUUAAAUAUAAUUUCAAAUAUUUUUAAUUAAAAUGGUGAAAAAAAGGUUCCCAGACGGGGAAUUGAUCCACAAAUAUAAUAUCAUCAAGCGGCCACUCUACCACAAGACCACACACAAUCCUCUCAAAAGGCUCUUUCUUCGGAAUAAUAAUGCCUACUACUCAUCCGGCAGUCAUGUGACAUGCUCGCGGACGUAUAUCUCCCACACUAUUUGUCCGGCGCGCCGGACAUGUAGACACUUUGAAUUUGGCAACUGAAGGCAUGUACUAUGUACAAAAACAAAACGAGAAAUUAAAUUUAUGUUAAAUUAUAGGAAACUGUUUGUUGAUGUAUAAUGUAAAUAAAAACAACAGUUUUUAUAUCAGAAAUAUAUAAUAUCAUUGGAGUUGGACGUGUUUCAUAUUCACCAAUAUGUAAAUAUCGAUUAUGAGGAAUGGCAUAGCUAGUGGCCUUGGGGUGUGGACCGCACCAGGUGACACCAUCUCAGGGGUGUGACACCAUAUUGAAAAAUUGCAUAUUGCAUAUUUACACUGCUUGGUCUAGCCAAAUUUAAUGAUAGGAUAACUGAUCACACAUAGAUUUUCCACAUGUAACCAGGAAGGACAAUUUUUUAUAAAGUAAAUUUAAUGUAAGGGAAUUUCAUAUUAGACGAGGCCUAAGACAAGGAGACUCACUGCCUUGUAUGCUCUUUAACCUAACAUUAGAGAGAGUCAUUAGAAAUAUACACAUUGACACUCGAGGAACGAUAACAGGAUACUUUCUGAGGAAAACUCAAGACCCACAACCAACGGGCACACUCUAAAACCAACCACUUCAAUAUUUUGCAUAUGCUGAUGACAUAGCACUUCUAGGGAAAAAGUAUUAAAGACAUAUCAAAAUCCUUUAUUGAAUUAGAAGACUCAUCUUUACAACCAGGGCUGGAAGUUAACAAGCAAAAAACGAAAUACAUGACCAUGAUAAGAGAGGAACAAAAGGAUGAAACAAUUAAAAUUAGAAACCAAACUUUUGAAAAAGUAAAUCAAUUCAAAUACCUAGGAUCAUUGUUAAAUGAAAGAAACCAAAUACUAACAGACAUAAAAGAAAGAAUAUCAGCCGGAAACAGGGCAUACUUAAGAAGUCAGAAAAUAUUCAAAACUAAAAACAUUACAAGAGAAACACAGAAAACUAUUUAUAAAACUGUGAUCAGACCAGUUGCAACAUAUGCAAGUGAAACUUGGACCCUAACAAAAACAGCAGAAAACCUAUUAAACACAUGGGAGAGGAAAGUUCUCAGGAAAAUAUAUGGGCCAACAAAGGAUGAAUAUGAAUGGAGAAUACGAACUAACCAUUAAUUAUACAGUCUAUAUAAAUUAAAAAAAGGCAGGCUACGUGUAACACAACUACUCUGACAUUGGUGUGGGAUCUUAUUUCUUAUGCUGUGGGCUAUGUCAGUAGUAUGGUUACUUAUGUUAUGUUGAUAUUUCAGGAUGCCGACUAAGACUUCUUCAUUCUUCCACUUAUCAUCCGGGCACGCAAAUAAGAAUACUGAAUCCUGGUUAAACUUACAGUACUUUAUUGAACACACUUUAUACUGAUAAUAUUAAUAAAUAAUCCUUGCAUGAAUGUAAUUUCACAUAUAUAUCUAUAGUAUUCCAUCAUUAAGAAAGACACGUCCUCACACUACUAUAACUCAGCUCAACUGUCUAAUCACACAGCUCUCACGCUACUGUUCUCUACUGCUCUGCGCUCAGCUCUCCCUAUCUCAGUCAACUCAUACUUUAUUACCCGCAAAGCGUGGAAAACAACCGCUCUGACAAAAACAUAAUUUUACUCUCCAAAAACGUGGAGCUCACAUUGUCCUCUCAAAAUACAUGGUCAACACAAUUCACUGUUCACUCAUGCUACCUCUCUGUUUUCAAAACUUACAGUACUUUAUUGAACACACUUUAUACUGAUAAUAUUAAUAAAUAAUCCUUGCAUGAAUGUAAUUUCACAUAUAUAUCUAUAGUAUUCCAUCAUUAAGAAAGACACGUCCUCACACUACUAUAACUCAGCUCAACUGUCUAAUCACACAGCUCUCACGCUACUGUUCUCUACUGCUCUGCGCUCAGCUCUCCCUAUCUCAGUCAACUCAUACUUUAUUACCCGCAAAGCGUGGAAAACAACCGCUCUGACAAAAACAUAAUUUUACUCUCCAAAAACGUGGAGCUCACAUUGUCCUCUCAAAAUACAUGGUCAACACAAUUCACUGUUCACUCAUGCUACCUCUCUGUUUUCAUGUGAAAACAUAGUCCGUUACACUACGCUGGGCGGGACACCUAGUGAGAAUGCCAAAUGACAGAGGAACGAAGAGGGUGCAUCACCAAUACCCCAGAGGAAAAAGGCUCAAAGGCAGACCUAUGCUUAGGUGGAUAGAUGAUCUGGAAAAAGAUCUACAGCAGCUGACAGUCCAAGCAUGGAAAAGAAAGGCAUUAGUUAGGUCUGAGUGGAAGGAAGUGGUGAGGCAGGCCAAAGCCCUACAUGGGCUGUAGCGCCACAGGGAUGGAUGGAAAUUUAAUGUAAAAAAAACAAACUAUAACUUAACGUUGUUACAAUUCUUAAAAACAUUUACCUCGUGACCUUCAAUUAAUUUUUUGUUUUUUUCUUGUUAUUGUUAUACUGUGGACUUAUUUUAACCAAAAAAUUCAAUCAUGGAAGUCGGUGGAAGGGGGGGUGACACCGUGAGUAAACUGCACCGGUGGACACCAACUCUAGCUACACCACUGAUUAUGGGUGAUAUAGCUACAAAAGUCAAAGCUUGGCUUAUGUCCAUAUUUCACUUAGAGCUUAUAUUGUUGUCUUAGCUCCUGGAUGUAGCUUCUUUAAGAAAAAAAUGACAUUGGGGCCCCCAGCCCCUAAAGAGUCAAUAUUAUGAGUUUAGUAUCCUUCAGUAUUUGAAUUUGGAUAAUCAAGUGUAUGUGUGCUAAGUUUGGUCUAAAUCCAUUCACCCAUGCAGGAGUCUUUGUUUGAAAUUAUAUUUAAAUUUAAGUUCAUUUAAAAAAUCACAUUAUGAGCCCUCAGCCUAAAACUGAAUUGUUUAAAUGUCCAACGCCCCCCCCCCCCCCCCCCCCCCCNUUUCCGCUCCUUGAGCACUUGUCUUAUGGCUUACGUGACUUUAACUAAAAUUUCAAAUAAAUGAUAUUAUUAAGGCUGGUGAUAGUUAGGGCAAGACGUGCCCUAAGCAUAUUAUGCGAUGGGUAGAUCGCAAAACAUACUAAGCAUAAUUCACUAUGAAGGCUUCCUUCCUCUUGGCAAAUGUUGCAAGAAGUGUCAUUGACCUGUGGUCACCCUCUUUCCUGACGUAAUUUCAGCUGGUAAAUUAAUGUGGUGUUGAACGUAGCAGCUUUAUUAUAUCUCCCUAGAGCCUAGAUGUCCAGUAAGAAGUGUCAAUGACUUUUGGUUGCGCCUUUCCCUGGAAUAUCAUUAAAUCUCAGUUCUCCAUGUUAGCUAGUUACACACUGUGGGGAUAAUUGGAAAGCAUAAAAACUGAAGAAGAAAAUUAUUCUUAAUUUGUUGCUGGUGACUACUGCGUGUUGUUGGAAAAAUGGCGGAAACAGGAAGUGUCAAUUGUAUUGCACAUGAGACCUGGGAAGCCGUAAUUAUCCAUUGGGCUCAACUUGCCCCACCCAGUCACUUCGUAUUAUUAAUAUUUCUUUACACUUAAUGAUCAGUUUCUGCGUCACCGAAGUUUUCUAUGUAUGUAUUAAGGUGAAAUGAUUCUUGCCGAGCCACAGUUUUUCCUAUGUUCUGUACGGUUCGUGUACUUGUACUAAUUUAUAUUUUGAUGGGGCUGCCAUCUUUUUUGCCUAGGCAGCAGACCCAUAAAGUAUAGAUAAACAAACAAUAAUUAUAAAAAAUAUUUCAGCUGUGUAUUAAUUUCACCCAAAGCGAAGAUCACUCAAUUAAUAAAUAAAGCAGAUAUAAACAAACAGGAGUUACUCAUGCACCCUAGCGUGUCAUGGCUCGUCAACUAAAUUUCAGCUCAGUAUUAGUUGUUUUUUUUAUCUUCAUAAGUAUGUUACAACCAAAUCAAGUAAAUGUAAUGUACUGUGCCCCAUAUUAAAGAAAUGCAACCUCCCACUCCAUUCCUAAGCUAAUACAAUGAUCAUGUUGUUCAGAUUUAGACAUAGAUAAGUAUUGACAUUUUCAUGCCCCCUUUGGCAAGUCUAAUAUGUUCUAUAACAGUAUUUAUAAAAAGCCUUUCAUGGCAGGUUGAAGAACUGGCCCUACUAAGCCGUAUAAAGAUGGAUGCCUCAAAAGAACCAGUGGAUACAAAGUCAGAAUCUGCGAGCGCAUCAUCUGUAAUUCCUUUUAGUCUGGUAAGAAAAAUCUUCUCUGUUUAAGGUUAUAAUUUACUUAGAGGAUUUUUUCAGAUUUUAUGGCUGUGUAGGUCUAUAUUUUUAUUUAGUUUACUUUUUUUCCGGCUUUUAAUUAGUUGAUCUGCAUUCCCAUUAUUUCUUUGUAGAUGAUACAAAAGAUAAAUUUAAAAUAUCAGUUCAAUAUUUACAAUGUAUAGGACUAUCAUCAGAUCACUUUUAAAUUUAUUUAGAUGAGCUAAAAUUCAAACCUGUAAGAGAUUAUUUUGCCUGUCUACUAAGUAUAAUUGGUUGAAUUGCUUUUUAAUAUUUAUUCCUUUUUUAUGGGUUUCUCUUUUCUAAGAUUUUGCCGAUUUGAAUCAAUUUUUAAUCUUUUUUAGCUUUUACCAUCUUAGGGUUUAGUAUUUGUGAUACAAUAAUAAGGACAUUGCUCCCAUGGCUGAUAUUUGACAUCAAUCAAUGAUGUAAACUACAUCAAGAAUUGGAUGAAUUUAAAUAACAUUUUAGGAGUGCUUCUUAUUUGGCUCUGUAUUUAAACUUAAAAUAAAAAUUUUUUUUGAUAUUUGAAUGUUCAUUUUUAAACCUUCAAAGUACAAAAAGUAAUGGGUGCAAACUGUUGUCAACUACAUUGUUCUGAAUGUUUGGUAUGGGGAGUUGUUAAUCAUACGAGUGUUUUUGUGAGAUUUAGGUCGUGAGGUCAGAUCGUGAAGUUGGUUCAUGGUGUUUUGAGCUUUAGUGUAUGCUGAGUGUUUUGUUGGGAUAUGAAAGGGCAGUAUGUUUGUAGAUCAUUUGUUAGUGUCGAGAGAGUGUGUAGAGUGAUCUUGAGAGAGAGAGAGUGAGCAAGACAGAGAGAGAUAGUAUUUUUUGUUAGAUUUGCUGUGGGGCUUUUGCCUGAGGAUAAUAUUUUUCGGCCAGAUGUAUUUAUGUACCAAGUGGAUGUUUUAGUUCAGUGAAAAUAAACCCAUGAUGUACAGUGAACCUUUUAGUGCUCUUGAUGAAUCACACUAGUGCACGUUGUGACCAAGGAAGAUUUGCCAUCUGAAUAUUAGACAUCGGAAUAGUUGCCAUCGAAUAUUUGCCAUUAUCAUAAGAUAUUAGACCAGGUGGAAUAUUUAACAUUUGGUGAAGACCAACAAAAGAAGACUGUAACACAAACAAUACUGAUUAUCUCUCAUAUAUAUUUGGCUUCUGGUGUGACCGCUUCCUUUUCACAACCGGCCCCUCCCCCUACUCAACAUGUGUUAUAUUAGGGGCCGUCCAUUAAUUAUUUCAACAAAAUUGGGGGGGGUAAUGUUUGACAAUUGUUGACAAGGGGAGGGGGGUAUUAGUUGACUUCAAAAAACAUGUUUUCUCUAUUAAAAUUUGUAUCCUAAAAAUUGAUGUGUCAUUACAUUAUUUUAAAAAAUUUAAUGAGUGUAAAUUAAAAUACUUGUAUAAUUUUUAGUUAUAAAAAAUUUUAACUUAUUGAUUAACAAGCUAAAGAUGCAAUAAAAAGUCCUACAAUUGUGUGUUAUUAAAAUAGAUCAGCACAAAGUAAAAUUUAUUUAUAUAUUUAUUUAUAUUAUAAUUCUAUGGGGGGUGGGGGAAGGGUAUAGAAGUGUUGAGAUUGUAAGAAGUGUUGAGAUUGAGUAGGCAAUAAAAAUUGCUUAAAAUUGUUGAGGUAAUUAAUGGACACACCCUUAUUACAACGGAGUGGGGGGAAAAAAAUCUUUCAACCAGUGAGCGCCAUGCGUGACGAUUGACCUCAAGUAAAAAGGUGGAAUUGUUUUGAUGCAGACUAUUAUAUAUUAAUCAAUAAAGAGCCACAGGUACGGUGUUGGACUGUCUGUAGGCCUAUUGUUUAAAGGCCGGAAAGUAGGGUGUAGGACUGUCCUUAAACCUAUUGUUAAAGGCUGGCACAUGUUACAGAAAACGAGAAGUUAAUUCUUUUUUUGUAACAUAUGGACGCACUGGAUAUUUUUUAAAAAUACCUGGACUCCGUGUUAAAAAAAAUGCACCCGUUUCAGCCCUAGUUCAAUAAAACUGCUCUUGAACAAGUUAUUUUGAGUUUUUCUUAUAUCUCAUCAUUUUAUUUGAAUAUUUUGAUAAUUUCUUUGGGAGAAACUGUUGCGAUUUUAUAUUUAUUUUAUAUUUAUAUUUGUUUGUUUUCAGGCCACCACCAGUUCCCAUCCCAUAUCUUUUGAAAACACAGAUGAAAUGAACAUGUUGUCUUUAAAUCUGAAUGUGGACAGGGUUCCAGAAUUAGGAGGUAAUUUAUUAUUUUUCUCAUGUAAACUUUUAUUCCACUCUGAUCUGAUUUAUCAGCUUUCAAAUCAGGCUUGUAUGACAACCAAGUGCAGAUUCACAGGCUAAGGGAUAAUAAGUCUUUUUUAUCAAAUUUUUAAAAUAAAUAAUUCUUUCUAGUUUCUAGACCAUUUAAAAGUUAAUUUUAAAAAACUGAACUAUCUUUUUUAAUUUAUUGAAACAGUUGCAAGGAGAAAUAAUGACUAUGAAGAGGAAGAAGAAGAAGAUGAUGAUGAUGAUGAUGAUUAUGAGAUGGAUGAAGCAGAAGCUGAUGAUUAUGACAGAAAAUUGAGAUCAUUCAUGGACUAAUACAUGACCUUCCUUUAAUGACAAGAAAGGUUUUAAUCUUGUCUUACUUUCCCAUGACUGCAAAUGUGUAAGACUGCAUCACCACCACUGCAGCAUUCAAGAACUUGAUCUUAUCCCCAUUGUUAACCAUGGGAAAUUUUUUUAACGUAACAACACUUUGUUUAUUAGAAUAAAUGGUUGGUUGUUGCUGUCUCAAAUCCUGCAAUGGAUGUUCUCACUCAUAGAACUAAACAUAUGGGAUGAAUAUCAAAGCUUUUCCUAAGAUGAUACUAGAACCAGUAACUAGAUUUCAAGAGGAACUAUUCAGUACACAUUUUAAAAUAAUUCUGGUAAGAGAAAGUUAAAAUUAAGUUAUCUUGAUUUUUAAAUAAUUCUCUUAUUAUGUUCAGAAUAAAUAAUGUAAAUAUUCAAUUUUCUUAGUUUAUUAAUUACUAAUAUUUUGAAUUUCACCAUCACCAACACAAUACUACUUAGUUCGGUCAAUAAGUGAUCUAGAGGUUUUAAGAGAAAGGGAAAUUACUUUGGAUAUUUUUCAUUAUUUUAUAUAAGGAAUACAUCUGAUUAGAUCUAGUAAUAUUUUAAAGUUGAAGUUAAACAAUUUUGCAAAUGAAAAUUUGAAUUAAUAUUUUGAAAAUCUUCAAUUAAUUUCACUGGUUAACAAAGAUUUGACCACAACUGAAACAUCUCACCUGAAAGUAGUCAACAGCUCAGAACACAACUGAAACAUCUCAUCUGAAAGUGGUCAACAGCUCAGAACACAACUGAAACAUCUCAUCUGAAAGUGGUAGAGCUUCUAGAUCUUAAAAUGAACAAGGUUUUCAGGAUCUGAAAGAGAAAUCAAAACAGAUGCUUAUUAGCACGAAUCUUUAUUGGACAAGUCCACAGACUGAUGCAUGAUACUUUAUAUAGAACUAAGCAUAAAACACUUGAACUUACCGCUUGAGAUGCAUGUACUUUGGUGUAGCAAAACUUUAUUGCGAAUCACCGAUCUCAGAACUAUGCUGACAGCAUACAAAUAACUUAGCUCCAGAUGUCCCUAAAAUGUAUUUCUGUCAUUCUCAUCUGGAUUGUUUGCCAACACACUUGAUUGAUGAAAGCAAUGAGUACGGUGAGAGAUUAUAUCAAGAUGUCUUAACCUUGGAAACAACAUAUCAAGGUCAUUGCAAUUUAUACAUGAGUGGUUAUUACUGCUGAUUUCUUCAGCAGGCGACUACGGCAAGUCACAAGUGCAACAGCAAGUUCCCAAAGCACUUCUGAACUUGUAAAGAGAUAAGAUGGAGAUGAACUUUUGAAAUAUAUGCUUUGCUCUGAGUAACAUACAUAUAUUUAUAUUGGAUUUAAAAACAAUUGUCAUGAUUCUAAUUUCUUGAAUUUUAUUGUAUCGCUUAAUUGCUUUCAGCAUGUUUGUAUUGAGACUUACUAUGGACUUUUUUUUUGUAACUUAAGAAAUCAAAUGUAAAAUUUCUUGUUGGAUAAAGGAACUAGG